CUCUCAUUGCUUCACACCCAACUCAAUCUAAUAAGAAAAUGACAGCCUCCGCUUCUGUUCUCUCUAGCCGCCUCCUUGCAAUACAAUACAGAACAAAGAAAUCACAAAUCUAAACCCACCCUCUCUCAAUCAUUCAAUCCUUUCCUCUCUUCCUCCUUACCCACCGCCCACCACGCUCUCUCUCUCUCUCUCGCUCCGUUUCUAUCGUUAUAAAGCGUGUGCUCUUCUCCUCUUCUUGAUUAUAAGCGGCCAUGAGACCCGGGCCGGCACCCGUCCGGCCGGGUCAUCCCGGCAUCCCGAGCAGGCCACGCCGCCGGCCAGACCUAACCCUCCCCCUCCCCCAGCGUGACCCCUCUCUAGCCGUGCCCCUCCCCCUCCCGCCGCCCUCCGCCCCGUCCACUGUCGGCGCCCCGUCGGCGGAGCCCACUCUUGGCCCCCCUUCCUCCUCCUCCUCCUCCCAGCCGCCGAGCUUGUCCGACCUCGAGCGGCUACGACGAAUGGGCAGCGGGAGCGGCGGCACCGUGUGGAUGGUCCGCCACCGCCUCACCGGGCGUCACUACGCCCUCAAGGUCAUCUACGGCAACCACGAGGACGCCGUCCGCCGCCAGAUCCUGCGCGAGAUCGAGAUCCUCCGCACCGCUGACAACCCCUUCGUGGUCCGGUGCCACGCCAUGUAUGACCACGGCGGCGAGAUCCAGAUCCUGCUCGAGUUUAUGGACGGCGGCUCCCUCGAAGGCCGCCGCAUCACAUCCGAGUCCGUCCUCGCCGACGUCGCUCGCCAGGUCCUCGCUGGGCUCGCCUAUCUCCACCGGAGGAGGAUCGUCCACCGCGACAUCAAGCCCUCCAACCUUCUCAUCGACUCUGGCCGCCGCGUCAAGAUCGCGGACUUCGGCGUCAGCCGAAUCCUGGCGCAGACCAUGGACCCCUGCAACUCCUCCGUCGGCACCAUCGCGUACAUGAGCCCGGAACGGAUCAACACCGACCUCAACCACGGUAUCUACGACGGCUACGCCGGCGACAUCUGGAGCUUCGGCCUCAGCAUCCUCGAGUUUUACCUCGGCCGCUUCCCCUUCGGCGAAAACCUCGGCCGGCAGGGGGAUUGGGCGUCUCUCAUGUGCGCCAUCUGCUACGCUGAUCCGCCGGAGGCGCCAUCCACCGCCUCCCGCGAGUUCCGGAGCUUCAUCUCUUACUGCCUCCAGAAGGAACCGGCGCGUCGCCUCACCGCGGUGCAGCUCCUCCAGCACCCGUUCAUCGUCAACAACCAGCCCUCCCCCUUGACAUCCUCCGCCCACCCCUAAUCCCAGUUCGGAUACAUCGAACGAUGAAUGCCGAAAGGAGAGAGCUCAAUGGGCGUGGGCAACCGAACAGGUGCCAGUCUUUCCCGACCUUCCUCGCUGUUUGAUCGGACUGGAUAUGAGAAGCGCGAGCUCGACGGUGCGGGAAAUGGGAUAGGUGUGUCUUUUAUCCUGUUUUCGAUUUGAAGCUAGCUUUUCGUUACCUUUUCUUCUUUGAUCUCGAGUUCAUAAGACAUGGAUUCCUCCAAACGUGUUGGCGACUUUGUUUAGAUCAAGAUGGAUGGUUCUGUUUUCUUCA